AGGAAGGAAGAAUAGACAGAGAGAAAUUAUUAUUUGUUGAAUUUUUUUUAAUCUUUUGUUUUUGUUUGUUUGUUUUAUGUUUCUUUUAUUUUGUUGAAAAUUUCAAAAUUUUGGCACCAAAAAAAAUUGGGGCAAGCGAGCGGGAAAACUAUUCUAAAAUCAUUUAUGGUCGUACAGUUGUACCUGUCUGUUCGUAGCCUUCAUUCCUCGGGUGGAGAUUAUAUUGACAUUGACGCUCUCCCUCUUCCAACUUUACCGUGACUCUUCACUCAGAAACCCUAAAUUUCAAAUUGCAUACUAUUUGUUUGCAGCUCUGGAGCUACAAAAAUGGUCGUACAGUCCCCUCCCCGAAUCAUUUCUUGCAAAGAUCGUAUUACCACCACUAAUCUCGAUACAAAAGGAGGAGGAGUCACCACCGUGGACGAUCACAUGAUGGUUUCAGAUGAUUCCUCAAAGAGGAGAAGUAGCGCUAGAAUCCAGAUGCUGAAGAGCAAAAACGCUCCUCUCCCUCGCUACCGAGAAGGGUCAUCGAAUCAUGUACUAGAUGAGAAAGUUCAUCGAAAGAAAAGCAGAUCGUACAAAAAAAGAAAGUUGGAUGUGCCAAAUGCGGCUUCUCAAUCUCAGGUGGUUGAAACCAAUGCUUCUGAUGUCAAUACGCAGGUUCUGGGGUCCAAUAGGACUACUAAGGAUAGUGCUAACGUUGACGGUGGUGCGACGAGGAUGGAUGGGGUUUUGACAGAGGUUGCCCAGGAUAGUGCGAAUACUGACGGUGGUGUGGAUAGAGUUUUGACAGAGGUUGGAGCGACUGUGCCUGUGGUUGAGAAAAGCGCGUCUGCUAGGGUUACCGACACUUUGAGGGCUUUUAACAAGCAUUACCUACACUUUGUACAGGAAGAAGAAAAAAGAUGUGGAAGAGUGAAAGCUGAUAGGAAAACUGCAAAAGGUUCAAAAUCCAAGAAAAAGGUGGCACCUGAAGAUGAUACUAAGAAGGCUUCUAAGAGACCUGAUUUGAAGGCGAUAACUAAGAUGAGGGAGACCAAUGCUAUACUGUACCCAAAUAAAAGAUUUGGCUCUAUUCCUGGCAUUGAGGUUGGGCAUCAGUUCUUUUCACGGGCCGAGAUGGUUGUUGUAGGUUUUCAUAGCCACUGGCUUAAUGGAAUUGAUUAUAUCGGGCAAUCUUCUGGCAUAAAGGAGUUCAGCAACUACACGCUUCCAGUUGCAGUGGCCAUUGUUUUGUCUGGCCAGUACGAGGAUGAUUUGGAUAAUUGUGAAGAUAUUGUGUACACUGGUCAGGGUGGGAAUAAUUUACUUGGCAACAAGCGUCAAAUGCUAGACCAAGUAAUGGUACGAGGUAAUUUGGGACUGAAGAAUUGUAUAGAGCAAGGUGUGCCUGUUAGAGUUGUUCGGGGCCAUAAAUGUGCUAAUAGUUACGUUGGCAAAGUUUAUACAUAUGAUGGCUUGUACAAGGUUACUAAUUAUUGGGCAGAGAAAGGUGUUUCAGGAUUCACUGUUUUUAAGUUUCGGCUGCAGCGGCUUGAGGGGCAGCCUUUAUUGACCACUAGUCAGGUUGAAUUUACUCGAGGUCGUAUUCCGAACACUAUUUCAGAGAUACGUGGGUUGGUAUGUGAGGACAUCUCUGGGGGCCAAGAGAAAAUUCCCAUCCCAGCUACCAAUUUGGUCGAUGAUCCACCUAUUGCACCCACAGGUUAUACAUAUUGCAAGCUUCUUCAAGUCACAGAAAGUGUUAAGGUCCCUCAGCAUGCUGCUGCUGGAUGUAAUUGCGAAGAUACUUGUUGUGAUCCAAGGAGAUGUUCUUGUGCUAGGCUUAAUGGCUCAGACUUUCCAUAUGUGCUUCGUGAUGGUGGCAGACUAAUUGAGCCCAAGUCUGUUGUAUUUGAAUGUGGUCCCAAUUGUGGCUGUGGACGUGACUGUGUCAACCGAACAUCUCAAAGAGAGCUAAAGUAUCGACUGGAGGUCUUCCGUACUCCAAAAAAAGGGUGGGCUGUUAGAAGUUGGGAUUAUAUACCUUCUGGUGCACCGGUUUGUGAAUACGUGGGAGUUCUCAAGAAGACUGAUGAAGUAGAUACUGCCUCUGAAAACUAUUAUAUUUUUGACAUUGAUUGCUUACAAACAAUGAAGGGUCUCGAUGGAAGAGAGAGGCGAUUUCGAGAUGUAGCUUUACCUACAUCAUGUGUGCACAAUGGUGGCGACGAUAAAUCUGAUAGUGUUCCUGAGUUCUGCAUUGAUGCAGUUUCGAAAGGGAACGUUACUAGAUUUAUCAAUCACAGUUGCCAGCCGAAUCUGUUUGUUCAGUGUGUUCUCAGCUCACACCAUGACAUUAAGCUUGCUAGAGUGGUGCUCUUUGCUGCUGACAAUAUACCUCCGUUGAAGGAACUUACGUACGACUAUGGUUAUGCUCUUGACAGCGUCAUGGGUCCUGAUGGCAAGAUAAAACAGUUGGCUUGCUAUUGUGGUGCAGCAGAUUGUCGGAAGCGCUUGUUCUAGGUUGCCAGUUGUCAACUUGUUUUGACAUUGGUUCCCCCAUGCUCUUUUGGCAAAACACAAAUACUGGUCAUUCCUUUUUUGCAACCAAUCUUUUGGAAUGUUGAUAAAGAGAGAGCUAGUUGUUGGUAGUUAUUAUAUCUCCUUUUUAUGGUUAUUUUGGGGGUUCCAAUGUUUUAUCACAUGGAAUUGCACAGUUAUGAAACCUUCACUAUAGUGAAAAUAUUGUUUUGGUAACUCUUUAUUAUGAAAAUGAGGAAAGUGUUCAUUAAUAUGGUAUCUUGGUGGCAAAUACCGGAGAAAGCAUGAUUCUUUUAGGCUCCCAGUACUGAUUCUUUUAGGCUCCCAGUACCCCUUAUCUUGAGCAGACCACAUGAGAUUGAU